UAAGUUUAAGUGAGUUGCACAGAACGCAGUUGUCAGUUAGCUGGAGGUUAAGUUUAUUGAAAUAAACUUGAAAUUGUAUUAAAUCGUUAAAUAAUGAAGUGCUGGAGUCGUUCCACACUUGGUGUGGUUAUUGGCAGCAUAAAUGUUUUGGCCUACAUUAUUUGUACCGUUUAUAUCAUCGAUGUCCUAGUGGAUAUAAAUCGAAAACAGGAAAGGACUCAGCAGCAAAAUGAUGCUUUGGCUCUGUAUAAUACAAUAUUUGUUGUAUUAAUUGUUGUAUGUUUAAUACUGCUUCUUAUAUCCAGUCUUAUGAUUAUGGGCAUUAUUAAGAGACGACACAAACUGAUGUUACCCUGGCUAAUAAUUACUGGUAUUAGUUUUGUUGUAAAUUGUGCACGUUUUGUUUAUCAUUUAAUUCUUGCCAUAAUCGCGGGUAUUCCCCUGACAACUGUUUUAGUAGUGUUCAUUGUGGGUUUAGUAGCAACUGCUUUUGCUGUUUUAUUAUUGUGGCCUAUUUAUACUCUGUAUGGUGAUAUACGUAAAGAGAGUAAUUUAAAACCCGGUCGGGUAAUGCAAAAACCUGAUAAAAAAUUCGAUUAUAAGCCUCAACCCAGCUAUGACAUUUGAUUUAUUUUAAAAUAUAAUGUUUUAAAAAGUUUAUUUAUAAAAGUGCA